UCGGAGUGGAGACCUGAAGAAUGCCGUUGACAAGGUACCAGAUAAGGAACGAGUACGGCUUGGCCGAUCCGGAAUUGUACAGAGCAGCCGAUAGGGAUGAUCCGGAGGCUCUACUGGAAGGCGUCGCCAUGGCCGGCCUCGUCGGUGUUUUGCGGCAGCUCGGCGACCUUGCUGAGUUUGCCGCUGAAAUAUUCCAUGACUUGCACGAAGAAGUAAUGGCAACCGCUACACGAGGCCAUGGUCUAGUGGUUCGUGUCCAACAGCUUGAAGCGGACUUUCCCUCAAUUGAGAAGGCACUUCUAUCUCAAACCAAUCAUUCUUCCUUCUUUUCCAAUCCAGGGGUUGACUGGCAUCCUAAUCUGCGUUCUGAACAGAAUAUGAUCACUCGUGGAGACUUACCUCGCUUUGUAAUGGAUUCUUAUGAAGAAUGCCGUGGUCCUCCUCGGCUGUUCCUUUUGGACAAGUUUGAUGUUGCUGGAGCUGGGGCAUGUUUGAAGCGGUACACUGAUCCGUCAUUCUUUAAAGUUGAAUCAGCAUCUUCAAUAACAGUAGAGACGCAGAGAGAAAAGAAAACCCGUAAAGUGAAGCAGAAGAAAGGAUCCCGCUGGAGGAAUGGUGAAACCCCAGAAGUUGCACUGACAUCACAUGCCAAGUCAAAUGCCAAACUGCAUGAGUUGUUCCUGGAGGAGCGUAUUGAGAAUCGUUCUAGUGAUCCUGCACAUCGUGUGAAAUUGAAGAAAAGGCAUUUGAAUGGAUCUGCAGUUGACUCAAAAACUGGGAAAAGUUACAUGAAGACAUUUCUGGAGACUCUUUCACCAGAACGCAAACUUAUUUGUGAAACUUCUGUUGGUCCACCGCUCUUGAGAUUGACCUUAGAUGAUAGCAGUGAGCCAGACCUUAGAAUACUUGACAUCACUACAGUAAGUCCUGCUGAAAUGUCCCCAGAAAGGAAAAGUGCUAGCUCUUCACCUGAUGUCCAUGAAGAUAUAUUUAAACCAUCCGUGGAUGGAUUUAAUAGUGGGGGUUUCGAUAGAGAAAUUCCAGAGGGGUCUGAACCAAACUCUGAUGUUGAGACAAAUGAAAAUUAUUCCAACCUUCAUCAGGUGGCAGCUGAUAAACAAAUAGCAGUUGGUGGAGAACAUAAAACUGAAGGCAGCAUGGAGGGUUCCACCCCCUCAAGUUCUGAUGAUAGGACCAGUGAGGUAGACAAUUACAUGGAUGCUCUUGCAACUUUGGAAUCAGAAAUGGAAACUGACAAUGAAUUUAAACCUAAGAACAAUCUACGCUUCCAGAACGUGGAAACGUACGGGACAGAUUCUGAUGCAAAUGAGGAGGAACAUCUGGAGCUUCAAACUCGAUUUUCGGAUUCUCAAUCAAUUGGAAACUCCUCUACAUCGGAUGACGGGAAGAAUUCAUUUGAAAAAGAUACAGCCAGUUUUUCGCACUCUGAUAGUCCAAGCAAUGUGGUUGAGAAUUCACCAUCAGAGUGUGAUGGAGCAGCUAAAGAAUUCCCUUCCACUGAAACCUGUGGAGCUGAGAUUUUUGAGAUGUCAUCCAACCAGAAAUCUGAAUUCGUGGAGUCUCUAGAAGCCACAACAAAGGAGCAGGUGGUGUCUCAUAAUGCAUGCAUUGUGGAAGACAUAAUCCCUGAUUCUGGAGAUACAUCUUACAGUGCAUUUGUUAGGGAUAUGAGUCCUACGCUACAUUCAGACACUGGAGCAAACUCGCCAGUGGUAUCAUUGGCAGGACCUGUGUUAGAUGAUAACCCCUCUGACGAAAUUAAAGUUGAUUGUAAACCAUUAGACAUUGACGAAAAUGAGACAAAUCUGGAUAAUUCUCUGCCUUUUGUCCGUGACUCCCAGACUAAUGAUGCUUCACCAAGCCAUCCCAUUGAUGAGCCAGACAUGGAAGAUUUAGGUUUCAGUUCCGAUGCUUUGCCACAUUUGUCAGACGUUGAAGAGCUUGCUUCUGAAGAUCAAAGUAGAAAUAAUGAUGUGAAUAAAAUACUUAAGACACAAUAUGCAGAUGAAGAUUCUCUAGAAAGCUUUGCCAGAAAGAUUGAUUCACCACGCUUAAGUAUUUCAUCCACAGAAGAGCAGCUUUCCUCAGCCCUGCCAGAAGAACAAAUAUCUUCAGUCAACUCCGAAGUUGUACCGUUUGUGGUGGAUGCUGCACAGAGUCAUAUCUCAGAAGAGCCUGUAGUGGAUGCUCCACAGACACAUGGCCUAAUAGAUCAGCAGGAUGCUUGGCAGGCACAUGGUCUAACAGAGCAGCAGGAUGCUCCACAGAGACGUGGCCUAACAGAGCAGCAGGAUGCUCCACAGAGACGUGGCCUAACAGAGAAGCAGGAUGCUCCCCAGAUGCAUGGCCUAAUAGAGCAGCAAUUAUCUGAUUUAGAUGAGGAUGUUCCCCAACUUGAAUCCGUCAAAGAAGAAGUGGGUAUUCCACAUUAUGAAGAAAAAUUCAACGUAGAAGAGAGAUUUAGUGCCGUGGAUAACGAUGAAUUAUCUGAUUUAAAUGAGGAUGUUCCCCAACUUGAAUCCGUCAAAGCUGAAGCGGGUAUUCCACAUUAUGAAGAAAAAUUCAAUGUAGAAGAGAGAUUUAGUACCGUGGAUGAUGAUGAAUUACAAUUAUUCACAAGUGAUGCUGAUGUAGGAGGUGAUACCGUUUCUGUGGAACUUCCAUCUAAUUGUCCAACUUUCACAGUCCACGAAGAUCAUGUGAAUUCAGAUGAUCUGGUACCUGAAACACUAAAUGUAGAAACUGCGGCUGUGCCCUCUUCUGCUGUUGCCCAACCCGAUAAUGACGUCAAUGAUGUUAGUUAUUCAUCUGCAAAUGCAAUUUCUUCUCCACCAAGGAACUAUAUAAAUUUGCAUGAAUCUCUUCCUGGAUUUGGGGAUUUCCAUGAGAAUGAAUCUGAACUGAAUGAAGUUUCUCCAGAAUCUGUCACAGACUCAGAAGUGCAAAUGGAAGCAAGUAAACAAGAUGUUUCUCCAGAUUCAGAAUCUAACUCAAGUCAAGCAGUUACUCAUGACCAUUCCAGUUCAAAAGCAUCUGAUGAUGGUCAUAAUUUCUCUCGGGAUGAACAGACUGAGAACAGUUUGGCUGUGCAUGAUGUCCCCGCAGAAUCAAAACCAAGCGAAUCAACUAUUUAUGACCAUUCCAGUUCAAAAGUAUCUGAUGAUGGUCAUAAUUUCUCUCUGGAUGAACAAACUGAAAGUAGUUUGGCUGUUGGUGAUGUGACCAUAGCCUCAGCAUCUUUAGAAAAUACGGAAGUUCUGUCUUCACCUACCUGCUACCUCCCAGAGCCUGAAACUAGUUUGGACAAUUCAGUGGAUUUACAAGCAAACCAAGUUGAUAUCGGAUAUUUGCCAAGAGAUGGAGCAAGGGAUCAGCCAGAAGCUGACUUAAAGCAUUCUCUGGAGGUUCAAUCUGAUGAACUUGAUGUGGAAAGUUCGGAUGAAGAUCAAGCAAGCAUCAACUUAUCGAGUCUUCAAUCUGCACAGGCAGGGUCUCAAAACCACAUGGAUUCGGAGAAAUCUAACCAGUUACCAUCUACGGAGCACAUCAAUCAGGAAGUAUACUUGGAUGCUUCCCUGGAAUCUCAUUCUGAAUAUCUCCCAAGCCAAGCUUUAACAUCAGAGUUCUUACCAGAAUCAUCAGGCCUGGAACUUGAUGUUACGAAGCAAGCAUUGGAACCAUUUACCCUUCCUAGAUCAGUCCUGCCCCCUGAAGGUACUGUGGUCAAUCUGGAAGACAUGCCACCAUUGCCACCUUUACCACCAAUGCAAUGGAGGAUGGGAAAACAACACACUUCCCUUUUUUCACAGAGAGAAUCGGUUGGAGUUAACCAGGAUUCUUUACUGCCAAUACAGCCGUCGGAACCUGAUGAGAAAGCUCAAUUUGAUAUGCCAGCACCACAGAGAGGUGGGCUGCCGCCCCAGAACCCAUUUUUGCCUCCCGCGUCUGAAGAAGGCGAGAAGUUCCAACAUGUUUCUGAACCUUUAAUUGGCAAUAUGGUGCAUCCUGCCCUGUUGCAGUUACCAGCCAUGGUUAAUGAUGCUAAUCUUCAACAUAAUUUCCCUGACUUAGGGGGAACACAAUUCUCAAACCCAUUUUUGUCGUUACCAGAGGUAUCUGAUGACAGGCCUGGAAUUAAUCACUUUGCUUCAGUGGGAGAAAAAAUUCGGACUGGUUCAAAUCCAUUCACUGGACCAAGCUCUGAAUGUACAACUUCUACACUUGACCCUGAAUCUUCUCAUGGAUCUAUUAUCCAGCCUGUGCAGCGGGUAACACCGGAGACCGGUAUCGAGCCUAAGGUGCUUCAACAUUCACCGAAAAAUUCAGAAUCGGAACAAGAACCUCUUUCCACAUCCGCGACAGCUCCAACAAUGGUGGAGCAGCCUCAGCAUAGUUUACCAACAUCAGAGGGAGAAAUAUCAUGGUCAUACAAUAAUUCUGCUGUAAUGUCAGACUAUGAAGUUGGAAGGUCUAAUGGAGUUCCAGUUACUAAGCUCCCUCGUCCUAGAAAUCCCCUCAUCGAUGCUGUUGCUGCUCAUGGUCAAAGCAAGUUGAGAAAGGUAACUGAACGAGUUCGGCCUCAGGUUGAACCUGAGGUAGAUGAAAGAGAUUCAUUGCUGCAACAGAUAAGAACUAAGUCCUUCAACUUGAAGCCUGCAAUGGUGACAAGAUCUUCAACGGUGACAAGACGCAGCAUUCAGGGCCCGGCAACAAACUUGAGGGUCGCUGCUAUCUUAGAGAAAGCAAGUGCAAUUCGCCAGGCAUGUGCAGGAAGUGAUGAAGAUGACGAUGAUGAUAGUUGGAGUGAUAACUAAAGGGGUUUAUUCUACUUAACCUCUUAACCAGUGCUGUUCUUGGCUUGAAGUGGCUGGUCACUUCUCUUUCUUACAGAACGCUGGACGUUUCUGUAGUUUGGUGUAUUCUUUCUCCUUACUCAAAAUUCUUGUAUUAUACGGCUCCCCUCUCGCUUCAAAAUCUACUUGUUGAAAUGUCGCUCAGCUCUAUCCGUGGGAAUCUAGUGUGAGGCAAAAUGCUUUAUACAAGAACGACAGCUACAGCUCUGCGCGUAAGCGCGGUUCCAAUCUACUUCCAGAUAUACUCAUUUUUAAGAUCUUGUUAGGUGUAUAUUGUUUGAGUGAUAUAAAUGUAGUACGUAGCGUACCAAGAAUGAAAUUUUGUAAUCCUGUAUGUAAUUGAAAUGUUAUGGUGCAUAUAUGUAUCCCUAUAUAUACUAAUACUCUGUUUUGCUGGCUCA